ACUUGCGAUUUUCUUAUUACGCUCUGUCUGUUUAUUAUGAGUAAUUUGAUAUUUCCUUAACACACGUUCUGUAGGACGUGCAUUUAGGUUAAUCAUGCAACUUAAACUUCUACAAAAUGGCUGAUAACGAUUCCGAAGACGACGAGAGAGGGAUUCUAUGUGCACAUUAUGACACUAGUAGAAUGCCAGCGUGUGGAAAAUCUGGUGCAAAGUUUUGUAGUUUGGUAUAUAUUAUUUUGAAUAUUUUAUCGUGUUCGCUAAUUGUACAUUUAGUUGGAUUUUCAACUGCUUACUGGUCUCAUGGAGAGGAUUUCUAUCAUACAGGAUUGUGGCUACUGUGUGGAAUAAAUAAACAUAGGUGUCAAUAUCUACCAUAUCAUGCAGCAUGGUUUGAAGCUACACAGGCGCUGGAAACGUUGGGUCUAUUUGCUGCUUUCCUGGCCUUAGUAUUUUUGGUGCUGUUUAUAUUCCAUCCACAGUCAACUUCUAACAAGGCCAUAUUUAUUAUUGGAAUGGUAUCUACGUUUGUCGCAGCUGGAUUUACAGUAUUAGGGAUUGUGAUUUAUGGCGCUAAAAAUCGGGACUUAUCCUGGUCGUAUGGAUUAACAGUUAUAGCAGGUGCCAUGUAUACCGGAAGUGGUAUUCUGAUGGUGUUACAUUUAAAUUUAAAUUUACAACAGACGUAGCAGGAGCCAUGUAUACCCUCAUGUAUACCGGCAGUGGACUUCUCAUAGUGUUACA